AUGAGUGGGUAUAAAAACGUUGCAAACAAGUUCUUGGACAAAACCGACAUUCUACAUUCGGCCAAACAAAUGAAAAACAAGUAUGGCAACUUGAAGAAAGAUAGGGUUGCUUGGAAGAAGCUAGAGAAUGUUAGCCAAGGCUUGAUAGGACUUCGGUACGACCAAGAGACGGGUUUGUUCACAGCUCCUGACCAUUGGUGGGCAAAAAUACAAAUGAUGAACAACCGACGUGCUAAGUUCAAGACGAAGCCUUUAGAGGACUUGGAGCUCAUGGAACGGGUGUACUCUGGCGUAGCUGCGACGGGUAAACAUGCAUGGACUCCAACUGAACUAUGCGAUGAUGAUGCUGCUGCGGCCAUUGCAACCAAGGACAGCAGUAUGAGACCUCUCAGUGCUGGCACACCACCACAUCCGGGCCAUGAUAUUGUCGAGGAGAACGUGGUGGAUAGUUCCUUGUUUGACGAUGCUCCCUCGCAGUCUGCCCCUAACGAAUCAGCCAAUGCAGAACAUCGCAAGCGGCCAGCGCCUGGUACUAUCGCUAGUAGCAUGGACAACCUUGUCGAGGCUGUCAGCAAACAAAGCCGGGAAUUGAAAAUAAUGCAAUAUGUUGUCACAGGGAAGGGUGAGAACACUAUUGGGGAUUGUCUUGCAAGGCUAAUGAGCAUGCCUGGAUUGGAGCCAGGCGGUAAGUUAUUUUCAUUCGCUUGUGCCAUAAUGGAUUCACCCGAUAAUCGUGACAUCAUUAUGUCCCUUCCCCAAGAUUACAUUGUCAACUGGUUAAAAGAGAAGCGUGCUUGCACGCCGGCCAAUGUUCGCAGGGAACGUGAACGAGACGUACAUUUGUUCGGGAGUGAUGGUGUGGUUGAUAUGGAUUAA